AUGUCGGAUUCAAGACCUGUCUUUUCUUUCGACAUUGACAACUGUGUUGGUGAUGUUCUCGGACGCGAUACCGUGGGCAAAAGGCUAACCUCAUCCACACAGCUAUAUUCAAGAAGCAGAAAGGUGCACGAAAUAACGACGAUGCUUAACCACACCUUCAUUAAGAACGCCCUGUCGCUUGACGAUGAUGCCACGAGGGAGCUGCACCAGAAAUACAGGAAGGAAUGUAGCUUAAUCCUCCAAGGCCUCGUACAGAACCACGGCAUCGAUCCUCUCGAGCUCCUAGUGCCAGAUCCCGAGCUCUGCCAAAUGCUUCGAGACAUAGACAAGACCAAGGUAAAGCUCUGGCUACUUACCAAUGCAUAUGUCAACCAUGGCAGACGGGUUGUCCGUUUGCUAGGCAUUGAGGAUCACUUCGAAGGCCUCACCUAUUGUGACUAUGCAGCUGAACCCAUACACUGCAAGCCUCAUGUCGAAAUGUUCAACAAAGCGAUGCGGGAGGCUGGUGUGGGAGAUGUGAAAGCAUGCCAUUUUGUUGAUGAUUCAGCCGGGCACUGUUUUUCGGCCGAAAAGUUUGGAUGGACCGCCGUUCAUCUACUCGAAGAUGAUGCCCAGCCACUGGAGGCUGAUGUUUGCAAAUAUCGCAUUGCCCGCUUGGUGGAGUUGAGGAACCUGUUCCCUCACUUUUUUAUUGGACACGGGACAGGCAUCUAA